AGCCAGUGGAAAGAUUUAAGCAGAACAAGUGCGUCGGAGCCGGGCGGUGGGGCGCGAUCGCGCAGGCGCGGCCGGGGGCCGGGCUGCUACUCCGGAAUCUCGGCGAGCCCGUCUGCACCGCUCUCCGAGCCGCCGCCAUGGCUGCCUACAAACUGGUGCUGAUCCGGCACGGCGAGAGCGCGUGGAACCUGGAAAACCGCUUCAGCGGCUGGUACGACGCCGACCUGAGCCCGGCAGGGCACGAGGAGGCGAAGCGCGGCGGGCAGGCGCUGCGAGAUGCUGGCUAUGAGUUUGACAUCUGCUUCACCUCAGUGCAGAAGAGAGCAAUUCGGACCCUUUGGACAGUACUGGAUGCCAUUGACCAAAUGUGGCUGCCAGUAGUGAGGACUUGGCGCCUCAACGAGCGGCACUAUGGGGGUCUGACCGGCCUUAAUAAAGCAGAAACUGCUGCCAAGCAUGGCGAGGCCCAGGUAAAGAUCUGGAGGCGCUCCUAUGACAUCCCACCACCUCCGAUGGAGCCCGACCAUCCCUUCUACAGCAACAUCAGCAAGGAUCGCAGGUAUGCAGACCUCACUGAAGAUCAGCUCCCCUCCUGUGAGAGUCUGAAGGACACUAUCGCCAGAGCUUUGCCCUUUUGGAAUGAAGAAAUAGUUCCCCAGAUCAAGGAGGGGAAACGGGUAUUGAUUGCAGCCCAUGGCAACAGCCUUCGGGGCAUUGUCAAGCAUCUGGAGGGUCUCUCUGAAGAGGCUAUCAUGGAGCUGAACCUGCCAACUGGUAUUCCCAUUGUCUAUGAAUUGGACAAGAACUUGAAGCCCAUCAAGCCCAUGCAGUUCCUGGGGGAUGAAGAGACUGUGCGUAAAGCCAUGGAGGCUGUGGCUGCCCAGGGCAAGGCCAAGAAGUGAAGCAGGCAGACGACUUCCCCAAGGAUACCCUCCCUGCCCGUCCUAUUCCUCUGCAUCUCUCCUCUGCACAUGUCACACUGACCACAUCUGUAGACAUCUGAAGUUGUAGCUGCAGAUGGGGACCAGUGGCUCCCAACUUUGUUUUAGCCAUUUUGUCUGUUGCACCCACUCCCUCACACAAUGUAGUCAGAAUAGCACCUCUGGGGCACAGGUCCUCAGUUAAGCCAAGGGAAGACUCGUAUCCACGAAAGCUGCAAGUAUGUAACUCGGGUUUAUUACUAAGGACCUGCUUGAGUAGGGGAUAGGGAGGAGCCAUGCUAAGGUGUGAGCAGUGAGGACGCAAGAGCCAGUUUGUGUUCCCAGGAGCCAGACCUGUACUAGUCUAUAAUCAGGUGCCUGGGGGCUCCAGUCAUUCCAGUGGAAGAUGAAUGCGUGGUGAUUCAGACAAAGUAGUUCCUCCCUGACCCCGGAAUACCUGGUUUCAGAAGACGGACCAAUCCAGAAUGUUUACGUGUUACAUUUUCUUAAAAAAAAAGUAUAUAUAUAUGAUACAAAACAAAAAGCCUUCUGGGGUUUCUAGUGGCAGUUUAGAUAUUCCCACAUGUGGUCACCACAAAAUAAGCCAUUCCUCACACCACUGUGGGAUAAGCUCCUUGACUUGUAAGCUUUAGGAGUUCAUCCUGCUGUGUGUUUUAGAAUCCCUCCCCUGCCUUACUGUUUUGUGGCAGUGAAGUCUCUUGAUCAUGUCUGAGUGUCUUUCACUGUGUCUGAUUUUGGAAUCACAUUCCAGUUGCUUGGCCCUGCCACUGGGGCCCAGUAUGCAUUCUGAGCAUAACUACUAAAUCUUUUUUCCCGAUCAGUAUAAUAAAGGAGUGAUGUGCAAUAUUCUC